UAUAAUAAUAAUAAUUCAUGUAGGUCAAAAUAAAUUAAUAUUUUCAUGUGAAUCAUGUCUUUACAAAAGACUUUAAGAUCUCUUUACGACAGAGCAUCAUCAUGACGUGAAAUUAGAUCACUGCUUUUUCUUAAGAUCCUGUUUGACUAGUUCCUAAACCAGGCAAGCAGGUUGCGUCACUUCGGGGAUUUCGAUUUACAGUAUAUAAUUUUAUAAAAGUUUCUACAUUUUAAAAAAACGCAUAUACGCUAGCCAAUUUAAUCUGCUGACAUUCAGUCAACAAAUCUGUGUGCGUCCUUUUAACUUAAUCAGCAGCAGUGUCGUUUGUUUGUGUAUCCUUGACCGCUGAAACAUGACGAACCACUGAAAGUAUUUCAGCCCGCAACUUCCCCAUAGCAGAAUGACGCGUAUGGGCACAGUAAACAGUCGACUCCGUUCUGUUUGCCUUUAAUAAGUCCACAUCGAUCAUGGUUACCUGUCGAAAAUACAUCGCUCCUCUGGUCUUCAGCGCCCAGGUGGCCAGCUCGUUUUUUGACACCGCUCUCCAAAUGGUCGUCAAAGAGCGAUGCGCAAACGCCACGGACUCAGACGGCCAGCAGAAAGCCAUCACCAACUUCAACAUGACCUAUAAUAUGAUUGCCAAGUUCAUGCCGUUUCUGCCCGCGAUCCUCCUGGCUAAAGUCGGAGACAGGGGUUACAGGAAAGUGCCGAUAGUCGUUCCACUGGUCGGCUACUUUCUGUCCAGAGGGUUGCUGCUGUUGGAUGUCGCUUUUGAUUGGCCUCUCCAGGUGCUGUACGCGGUGCCGGUGAUCCACGGACUGUGCGGGGGAUUCGCGUCCUACUGGGCCGGUGUGAUGGCGCUGGUGUCUGUCAGCUCUGGGGAGGAGGAGCGCUCCGUGAGCAUCAUGAUGACCGAGCUGGUGUACGGAAUCGCCGGCUUCAUCGGGAGUUUGGCUUCUGGUCACUUAUUCGCCCUCUAUACAGUUAAUCUCAAGCAAGGGGUCAUUUUAUCCGGUUCUAGUGUGGUCCUGUAUCUUUUAUGCCUGCUUUACGCGGCGACUUUCCUGCGCGUGGGUCCUCCGGCGGUGCUUGGAGAUCGGCUGGAGCGCCGGGAAAGUUUUGGCAUCAUCAACCACGAGGCCCGGGAUAAAAUCAACAUCGCUUUGCUGUUCGUCAGUGGGAUUCUGUACGAUAUCGCAGUGGCCGGAGGGAUGGAGAUGCUGGCGGCGUACGUGCUCAAAGAGCCGCUGAACUGGGGCGCGACGCUGGUGGGGUACGGGAACGCGGCGGGGUCCCUCCUCUUUAUCACUAGCUUUUUGGGGGUGAAGAUGUUCACGAGAUUGUCUCUAAGGGACGAGAGCAUGAUCAUGGUAGGCAUGGUGUCUUUCGCGACUGGGAUCUACUUCAUGGCAUUUGUGACCACAACUCCAAUGUACUUUUUGGCUCGCUCCGUCACUCUGUUUGCUCUGAUUCCAAUGCCCACCAUUCGCUCGCUGCUGUCCAAACAAGUCAAGGGAACAUCAUACGGCAUUACCUUUGUCAUGCUCCAAUUGUCCUUCAAACUUGCGAGUUUGGCCACCACACCAAUCUAUACUAAGAUUUAUCAAGCCACACUCGACACCUUCCCAGGGUUCGUCUUCAUCCUGUCCAGCAUCUUCACUGUUCUUUCUAUUGUACCCAUUAGUAUUGUAGGAUGUCGCUCUUCAAGACAAAACGGAUAUGAGAGAAUUCAAGGGAACUGACAGCAUCGAAGACUUUCUCAGAAGUGGACAAGUCUUCAAAAUAUGCGUCUUUGCACAAUAAAUUAUUAGGUUUACACUGAUGUUUCAUGCAGUUGAAACCAGAGGUAUACAUACACUAAAAAAAGGAACAUAACCAUUUUUUUAAAAAUGUCUGAUGAUAAAUCAUACUAAACGUUUACUAUUUUAGGUUCGUUAGGAUUACCUAAAUAAUUUACUUUUGCUAAAUGCCAGAAUAAUUAGAGAAUUUGUUUUUGAGAAUUUUUUAUUAAUUUCUAGACAGUCAAAAGUUUACAUACACUUCCUUAGUAUUUUUUUAGCUUUGAUUUUAAAGCUGUAUAACUUUGGUUAAAUGUUUUAGGUAUCCUUCCACAAGCUUCUCCCAAUUGUUUGCAGGAAUUUUGGCCAAUUCCUCCUGACAGAAUUGGUGUAAGAGUCAGAUUUGUUGGCUGUCUUGCUCGCACAAGCUUUUUCAACUCUACCCACAAAUUUUCUAUAGGAUUGAGAUCAGGGCUUUGUGAUGGCCACUCCAAAACAUUCACUCUGUUGUCUUUAAAGCACAUUUUAACUAAUUUGGCAGUAUGUUUAGGAUCAUGGUCUGUUUGAAAGACCCAUUUGUGGCCAAGUUUUAAUUUCCUGGCUGAUGUCCUGAGAUGUUGCUUCAGUAUUUCUACAUAUUGUUCUUUCUUCAUGAUGCCAUCUAUGCUGUGAAGUGGACCAGUCCCUCCUGCAGCAAAACAGCCCCACAACAUGA